AGGCUGAGCUUCCGGGGUCUGUAGCUGGAGAGGAGGAAAAGCAGAAUCAGCUGAACUACAGAAGGUACUCUCUCUCACACAAACUCUCACUCACUCUCCCUCAAAGAAAUGAAAAACAUUCUCCUGAAAUUCAUAUUUAACUAAGAGCAAAGUUAAACUGCUGAAAGAGGUGAAGCUGAAGCCAUCCUGCAGAAUCUCCAGAACACACAGACAUUGUUUGAUACAUUUAACAGACAAAUGAAGCCAAGUCCCGACAUGGAGAAACAUCAGCACUCUGUCAAGAGUUUUACUAAACAGAGUGAUCUCAAAAAUCACCAGCGCAUUCACACAGGAGAGAAACCGUAUCACUGCUCAGACUGUGGGAAGAGUUUUAAUCUACAGAGUACUCUCAAAAAUCACCAGCGCAUUCACACAGGAGAGAAACCGUAUCACUGCUCAGACUGUGGGAAGAGUUUUAAUCUACAGAGUACUCUGAAAAUACACCAGCGCAUUCACACAGGAGAGAAACCGUAUUACUGCACAGACUGUGAGAAGAGUUUUAAUCGAAAGAGUACUCUCAAAAAUCACCAGCGCAUUCACACAGGAGAGAAACCAUAUUACUGCUCGGACUGUGGGAAGAGUUUUACUAAUCAGAGUAAACUCAAAAAUCAUCAGCGCAUUCACACAGGAGAGAAACCGUAUCACUGCUCAGACUGUGGGUUGAGUUUUACUCAACAGAGUACUCUCAAAAAUCACCAGCGCAUUCACACAGGAGAGAAACCAUAUUCCUGCUCAGACUGUGGGAGUAGUUUUACUAAACAGUGCACUCUCAAAAAACACCAGCGCAUUCACACAGGAGAGAAACCAUAUUCCUGCUCAGACUGUAGGAGGAGUUUUUCUGAACAGGGUCAUCUCAAAAAACACCAGCGCAUUCACACAGGAGAGAAACCGUAUUACUGCUCAUACUGUGGGAGGAGUUUUACUCAACAGAGUAAUUUCAAAAUACAUCAGCGCAUUCACACAGGAGAGAAACCGUAUCACUGCUCAGACUGUGGGAAAAGUUUUACUAAUCAUAGGAAUCUCAAACUGCACCAGCACAUUCACACUAGGGGUGUCACGAUUCUCUAAAUCCUCGAUUCGAUU